AUGAACACCACUACUACUACUACAGUGAAUAUGGACAAUAAUAGUGCUACAAAAACCGAAAAAUUGACUUACAAUAAAAGAAGUUUGUCAUUGGAUCGAUUAAUAAGGCCAAUGAGAACAAACUGCAAUGAGUGCCCUAGUUGUAGACAAAUAAGGAACAUAACAGAAUUUUCCCACGAGUCUACACCACUUUUGGUUAGCAAUUCCAGCUUGAAUAGGCACUUUAGGAUCUACGACACGGCUUUGCUGAUUAUGUUUGCUUUUAUUCUAAUUUCCGCUACUGGGAUUGGGUUAUAUUUGUUGUUGGCUCAAGACGAAGGUGCAAUAAUCGAAGAAUUCGACUACAUAGCUCGUGAAACUUGGGGUGUAAACGGCAGUUAUGUAGCUGGAGCUCCAUCUCUAGAAAAGCCUGUUUCAAAAGUACUACUUUUAGAACUUUUCACCAAUUGCACCGACGCCCAACAUUGUUUAGAGUAUCGAGAGUACAACGACGAAAACAAAAAAAAAAUCAAAAUUUUCAGCGGACAAGUUUUAUAUAAUUUUUACCAGGACAAACCUGGAAGAGUGUUUGAAGGUAGAGGCUGGAACUAUCAGAGUGAUUGCGGACAACAGGCUGGGUGCGGCAAUUUGUUAACUAUUGGAGUUUUAGAGGAACACAACGUUGCCCCAUCUUCUAGACAAAUCAAGAAACUUAAAGCCUUUUUGGACUACGCCAUAACGGAAACAGCUUUGCAACCUUGUUACGAAAUCAUAGUUAGUCACACUUCCGCAAGGUACUUUGACGAUUUGGCUUAUACUUUAGCGGAAAUGAACAAGAGAUCAGGAGGGUGUCGAUAUUAUUUUUAA